GGCUGUAUGCUCCAGGCCUCAAUGAGGAGCCCAAACAUGGAGGCCUUCAAGCAGCAGAAGGUGGAGGACUGUUACGACAUCGGAGAGGAGCUGGGGAGCGGCCAGUUUGCCAUUGUGAAGAAGUGCCGGGAGAAGAGCACCGGGCUGGAGUACGCAGCCAAGUUCAUCAAGAAGCGGCAGAGCCGGGCCAGCCGGCGGGGCGUGUGCCGGGAGGACAUCGAGCGGGAGGUGAGCAUCCUGCGGCAGGUGCUGCAUCCCAACAUCAUCACGCUGCACGACGUCUUUGAGAACCGCACCGACGUGGUGCUCAUCCUGGAGCUGGUGUCCGGAGGAGAGCUUUUUGAUUUUCUGGCCCAGAAGGAGUCCCUGAGUGAGGAGGAGGCCACCAGCUUCAUUAAGCAGAUCCUGGACGGAGUGAACUACCUUCAUGCCAAGAAAAUUGCUCACUUUGAUCUCAAGCCAGAAAACAUUAUGUUGUUAGACAAGAAUAUUCCCAUUCCACACAUCAAGCUAAUUGACUUUGGCCUUGCUCACGAAAUAGAAGAUGGAGUUGAAUUUAAGAACAUUUUUGGCACACCAGAAUUUGUUGCUCCAGAGAUUGUGAACUAUGAGCCCCUGGGCCUGGAGGCUGACAUGUGGAGCAUCGGCGUCAUCACCUACAUCCUCCUAAGUGGAGCAUCCCCUUUCCUGGGAGACACGAAGCAGGAGACGCUGGCAAAUAUCACAGCGGUGAGUUACGACUUUGAUGAGGAAUUCUUCAGUCAGACCAGUGAGCUGGCCAAGGACUUCAUUCGGAAGCUUCUGGUUAAAGAGACACGGAAACGGCUCACAAUCCAAGAGGCUCUCCGACACCCCUGGAUCACGUCCAAAGGAGAAGUCAGAGCCCCAGAACAGCGGAAGACUGAGCCCACCCAGCUGAAGACCAAGCGCCUGAGAGAGUACACCCUCAAAUGCCACUCAAGCAUGCCUCCCAACAACACCUACGUCAACUUUGAGCGCUUUGCUCAUGUGAUGGAGGAUGUGGCUUGGGUAGACCAGGGAUGCCAUGCCCUGGCAGGGGCCCAUGACACCAUCCAGGACGAUGUGGAAGCUUUGGUUUCCAUCUUCAAUGAGAAGGAAGCUUGGUACCGAGAGGAGAGUGAGAGUGCCCGGCACGACCUGUCCCAGCUCAGGUACGAGUUCCGCAAAGUGGAGUCCUUGAAGAGGCUCCUGCGAAAAGACAUCCAGACCACAGGGUCCAGCCUCGGAAGCAUGGCCAGGAGAUUGGACCAUCUGCAGGUGCAGUUUGAAGCUCUGAGGCAGGAGCUCUCAGCAGACCUACAGUGGAUCCAGGAGCUGGUGGGCAGCUGCCAGCUGGAGAGUGGGAGCACAGAUGGCCUGGGCUCUGUGUUCUGCCGGGACGCCAGUGAGCCCCUAGCGGAGCUGCGCAGCAGAUCAGGCAGCGAAGAAGUCUUGGCCGGCUUGGAGCUCUGAGCACCAGAAUCUAGUCAGUAAUGCCUCCUGGAUGGCUUGCAGAAGCAUGUUCCAACGGCCCUGCUGGGCAUCAGCUAGAGUUAUCCUGCAGGGAUGUAUGUCCGUAGCAUAGACUUCCACCCCCUUCCCAGAAUCCAGAAUCACAGAGGUACUGGCGAGUUAUUCAUUUUGCACCUCCUCUCACCAACCUGGUUUUCUGGGAUGAGGGAUUGACAGGGCAGCCAAGCUGUUAAAACAAAUGAGAAUAAAUACCCUUCAAUGUAUCUUUCUCUAGAGGGAGGACAGCUGGCUCUGGGGAAAUGCUUGGUAACUGAUGUGUGAUCAUGGAUUUGUGCACAUUUCACUUCCCACCUAUAUGCCUUGGGGGUUGCAGAUCUUGGGUAAUAUUGAGCUAACCAGGGGCAAUAGUAAGUCAGCUUGUUGCUUUCCUGCUUCAGAAGGAGGAAUUUUAAAUGCACAGAGAAAAUAUUACUUCUCAUUUGCAUUGACAUCACUUACCAAGCACUUA